GCUUUCCGGUGCGACGCGUUGGGGCAGCUUCGACGACGCGUAACGCUGCGCGCGCAGGCGGUCGCUUGGGACGAUGCGUGCGAAUGGCAGCGCUCGCACGCCGCGACGCCGCGGAGCUCGUCGAGAGAUGGCCAGUGCCGCCGCCGUGCGACGGGUCCUCGCGCGCCGGGAGUGCUCCGCCCGACCGCUCCGAAGGCGGGAGAGGGAUCAAGCAAGGCGCGCGGGCCCGGCCCGUGCGGUGCGGGGUCCGUGCAGCGGCAUCACACAACAGCCUUUGCGCCAAGUUGUAGCGCCGCCUGGAGCGCCGCGGGCAGCCAUGGGCCGGCGCCAUUUCAUAGAUGCGCCCCGGGCGCGGCGCGCGCGCCGCGGUUCCGAGCAUGCGGCACGUUAUCAAGUGAACUAGGCACCUGGUCCCCAGCGCCGGCAGCCCCCGCGCGCGCAGCCGUAGCGCGAUGCGGCGCUUCUUCCGCCGCUCGCCGCCGCAGCAGCGCGUCACGCCCGAGAAGGCGCCCGGCUCGCCGAAAGCCAGUCGACUCAAUAAGAGCGAGGACUUCGAGAGUCAUUCGAUAAAACAGCUCAAGAAGCUCUGCACGGAACGUGGUAUUGACCAUAGCAAGUUCGUGGAGAAGGGGAAUUUUGUGGAGGCGCUGCGGGACGACGACAACAACCGGCAGCACGCCGGGGGCCUCGCGAAGGCUAUCAGAAGGGGCACGGACGUCCGUGAUGAAGACGUGCCUCUCCCACGAACCUAUUCGGACUUCGCCAAGAGCCGCGCGACGGGCGUGCCGCUCCAGAGCCCGCCGCGCAAGGUACCUGCAGCGCGAGACGUGGGUUCGAAGCUCGAGGACGGCAAGGUCUUCAUGGCCGUGGGCUUCGACCGCCAGACGGGCGCCAUCGAUGUGGCUCCUCUCAGAGUUUGUAGGAUUGACGCGAACGGUGAUCCGGGAGAGGACGAUCUCGCCCGUCAACUAAACGAAGCGCUUACGAGGGGCCGCGGCUCCUUCGAGGAGCAGCGCCGGAAAGAUGCGGAGCAGAAGCGCUUGGAUCGGAUGUACGGCAACGGCUCGCCCGGUCAAGCGGCGCCUCUGCAGACCCAGAGCGCGGACCGCGGUCUUGGCCGCAAGCGCCUCGAGAAGAACCGGCGCCAGACCACCGGCAGUAGUCGCCCGGGCACCGCGGCUCUAGAUAGCGGACGGCCCAUCCGCAAGAUCAACUUGGACGGCAAGAACCUGCCCCGGCAGGACUCGUUUUCUCUGGAGAGAAAAAAUUCUUUUUCCCGCAAGUUAUCGAGGCAGGAUUCCACCUCAUCGAUAGACUUCAGCGCCGUCUCGCCGAAGAUGUCACGAUUGGACUCGUCCUCAUCGUUAGACACGACGCCCAUGUUCGCCAACAGACCGCCGGACGGUUUUUGGCCGGCCGGCGACGACGACUUCCUGUCGGCCGAGAUCGAGGAAGAAAGAGCACGCAAGGCGAAGAAGAAGUUCUACGCCAAAGGUGAUGCCCAAGCGGGCGAGAGGGGUCGCUACGAGAAGCGCGACCGCGUCGAGGCGGAAAGACGGGAGCGCGAGGAGCGGGCGGAAGCUAGGGCGAGAGCGGCGAAGCGCCGGGAGGCGGAACGGGCCCAGGACCGAGCCCGGGCGGCCAUGGCGGAACGACGGCCGCCUCCACCGGAGUUAGGAGAACCGCCGUCAGAAAUUCCGCUGCAGUACCGCACCCCUGAAAAGUCGCGACCGCUACCGGCGAACCCGCACCCGUCGCAAGAAAGGAAGGGUCUCGUCAGUACGCCACCGCUCAAGACGGCCGGCGUUUGUUUGCCCGAGGAUCGACGGUUCGAUCUGGACGGUCUCGCGAAGAAGGCCGGUCCGAUUGCCUAUCAUGAUGUGAAAUGGCUGGAGACGGAUCUCGGGUGGCGCAGUCUCGGUACUCAAAGAGGCGCCCCCGCGGAGCGGCGGCGGAAGCUUUGUGAACGAGAAAUGUCUAGGUGGGAGCCGGUCGCGUUCGAAUCGAAGUUUGGGGCGCGAGUACAAGCGGGCCCCGACGCCAAGCGCAUCGCGGACAAGGUCGCGGCCAUCUUCGCGUUUUUGGAGGGGCUGCUGGCCGAGGUGCCCGUCCGGCCGCUCGGCCGGCCGCCGUCGCCGCGCUACGAGGAGCCCUUCCUGAAGCGGGCGCAGGGCGUCGACGUGCGGCGAUAG